UAACCCUGUAUACCCCUGAGCUCAGUCAGUCCGAAGGAGGUCUCUCUCUGUCUCCCCCUCCCGUUUCUGCUUUUUUCUUUUCUGUAUUAUUCUCCUCAGUUUCUCGCAGUUUAAAAUGGCGGCGUUGAGUAGCGCCGAGUCCCCACCGCCCGUCUUCAACGGAGACGCCAUGGACCGGGACCCGGACCGGGGACGGGGGCUGACCGAACUGGGGACAGGGCUUGAAUCCAUUGGCUCUGGGGGGAUCCCUGGGGGAAACCAGGACAUCCCGGAGGAGGUGUGGAAUAUCAAGCAGAUGAUUAAACUGACGCAGGAACACAUAGAAGCUCUGCUGGAUAAAUUCGGGGGCGAACACAACCCUCCAUCAAUAUACCUUGAGGCUUAUGAGGAGUACACAAGUAAGCUUGACGCCCUGCAGCAGCGCGAGCAGCAGCUAUUGGAGUCCAUGGGAAAUGGCACCGACUUCCCCAGCCCCACCCUCACCCCCACCCUCAUUGAUGCCAAGCUAGCAGGGGCGGCAUGCUUCCCUGUGGCACCCAACACCCUCGCUGUCCUGCAGACCCCCUCCGACGGAGCCUGGAAUAACCCCAAAUCACCGCAGAAACCUAUAGUUCGUGUCUUUUUGCCCAACAAGCAGAGAACCGUGGUCCCAGCGCGCUGCGGAAUGACAGUACGGGACUCUAUCAAGAAAGCCUUGAUGAUGAGGGGUCUCAUUCCAGAGUGCUGUGCAGUCUACAGAAAACCAGAGGGAGAGAAGAAGCCGAUUGGUUGGGACACAGAUAUUUCCUGGUUGACAGGGGAGGAGCUACACGUGGAGGUGUUAGAAAAUGUGCCGCUAACAACCCACAACUUUGUGCGAAAGACCUUUUUCACUCUGGCUUUUUGUGACUUCUGCCGAAAGCUUCUAUUCCAAGGGUUCCGCUGCCAGACGUGCGGCUACAAGUUCCACCAGCGCUGCAGCACAGAGGUGCCACUCAUGUGUGUCAACUACGACCAACUAGACUUGUUGCUGGUUUCCAAGUUUUUUGAACACCACCCUAUCACACAGGAGGAGGUUUGCUCAGAAGGGACCACACCAGUGUCUGAAGUCUGUCCGUCCCCGCCUCCCUCCAACUCCAGCGGGUCUUUGUGCAACCCCACAACUUCACCUUCGAAGUCCAUCCCCAUUCCUCAGUCAUUCCGACCAGGAGAUGAAGACCACCGGAACCAGUUUGGACAGAGAGACCGGUCAUCAUCCGCUCCCAAUGUCCACAUCAACACCAUAGAACCGGUCAAUAUUGAUGAUUUGAUUCGAGAUCAAGGGUUACAGAGGUCCGAUGGAGCCCCCCAGACCCAACCAGCUCACUGCUUGAGGAAGUUUCGAACCCGGACCACAAGCCCCCUCCUAUACUCCUACCCCAAUGACAUUGUCUUUGAUUUUGAACCUGGUCCUGUAUUUCGAGGCUCAACAACAGGUCUCUCAGCUACACCCCCAGCCUCUCUCCCAGGCUCUUUGAUGAACGUGAAAGCGUUGCAGAAAUCACCUGGCCAGCAAAGGGAACGCAAGUCCUCUUCCUCCUCUUCUGAGGACCGCAAUAAAAUGAAAACCCUGGGUCGGCGGGAUUCCAGCGAUGACUGGGAGAUCCCCGAAGGACAAAUCACUUUGGGUCAGAGGAUCGGCUCGGGAUCCUUUGGAACUGUCUACAAGGGGAAAUGGCAUGGUGAUGUUGCCGUGAAGAUGUUGAAUGUUACUGCUCCCACUCCUCAACAGUUGCAGGCUUUUAAAAAUGAAGUUGGAGUACUAAGAAAAACACGGCAUGUCAACAUCCUGCUCUUCAUGGGCUACACCACCAAGCCCCAGCUGGCUAUUGUAACGCAAUGGUGUGAGGGCUCCAGCCUCUACCACCACCUUCACAUCAUUGAGACCAAGUUUGAGAUGAUUAAACUCAUUGACAUUGCACGGCAGACAGCACAAGGAAUGGACUAUUUGCACGCAAAAUCCAUCAUCCACAGAGACCUCAAGAGCAACAAUAUUUUCCUACAUGAAGACCUGACGGUGAAGAUUGGUGAUUUUGGGCUGGCGACGGUGAAAUCACGGUGGAGUGGCUCUCACCAGUUCGAGCAGCUCUCUGGAUCUAUCCUUUGGAUGGCACCAGAAGUCAUCCGCAUGCAGGAUAAGAAUCCGUACAGCUUUCAGUCUGAUGUGUAUGCCUUCGGUAUUGUGCUGUAUGAGUUAAUGUCAGGACAGCUCCCCUACUCCAACAUCAACAAUCGGGAUCAGAUCAUUUUCAUGGUAGGCCGGGGGUACCUCUCCGCAGACCUGAGUAAAGUGCGCAGUAACUGUCCCAAGGCAAUGAAGAGACUAAUGGCAGACUGCUUAAAGAAAAAACGAGAGGAGAGGCCACUGUUUCCACAGCUACUGGCCUCCAUAGAACUGCUGGCUCGCUCCUUACCUAAAAUCCAUCGCAGCGCAUCUGAGCCGUCACUGAACCGGGCUGGGUUCCAAACAGAGGACUUCAGCCUGUAUGCCUGCGCCUCCCCCAAAACACCCAUCCAGGGAGGGGGCUAUGGAGAGUUUGCAGCCUUCAAGUAGCAGAGCAGAUUCCGCCAUUACAUCCCUUGUCACUUUUUAAAGUCUUGUGUUCCUACAGUGGGUUCAUCCAUUUAAAAUUAAUUCCAAGAAUGUGCUGUUCUCUUCCUCUCAACCUGAAGAAGAACCCUGCUGGAACAGCAAACAAGAACCAAAAACUUUCUGAAGAGAAAUCACAAUUUAAAAACAAAACAAAAAAAGAAAUAAAAUGAAAUCAACAACAAAAAAAAAACAAUCAAACAAGUGAAUCGGUGGAAGAAGCCCGUUUGGAGCCAGACAUUUGUGCUUGCCGGUUUCCCGUCAGAAAAUCUGAAAAAAAUGGUGGAGAGACUAAGGCACUGAAGGAGUGAAAGAAAGACUGAAAGGUGUUUGGACCACAGCUGUUUGAGAGGAGCUGCCUCCCUUUUGGGGGUGCAUGGUGGCAAAGCAGGGUUUUGUUCUUGGAUCCGCAAUUUGGCGUUUGGCAGCGAUAGAAGAUGGAGCCAAACGCUGGCUGCUGAAUGGACGGAAUAGGUCGACCGGCCUGCAUCGUAUCCAAUCCCUGCAUUGGUUGUUCGCAGAGUGGGGAUCUGUUUUCGAGAAUGAUUUCUUUAGGGGUGGGGGUGGUGAGGGGUGUUGGUUUGCUUGUCUUUUAUUUGUUUUGAGGAGAGAUGAUCCCUAAAGACUUUUUCACUUGAGAAAAUAAAUUCCUGAAUCCUGUAAGAGGAGGGAAAAUCAAAUAAUAAUACCAGUCCAUUCCACAAUAGUUACAUUUGAGUAAUAGAAUUAGCAAGUUCUCAGGGUUUACCCUGUGCUAGGCAAGCACACUAUGGAUCAUUUCCAGACUUUCAACCUCAUUUUUAGGCCCUCCUAAAAAGUAGGCUAUCACAUCCUCCCAUCCUACCUAUUUUCAAAUGGGCUUGUGCUGCCAUCCUUCACCCACAUUGGCAUGUGCACUGGAAGUGGACCGAGCAAGCUCCCAUUCAUUGUGGUGGUUGUGCUUUUUUUUGUUUUAAAUGUGGCUAAUUUAACAUUCCAAGAUAGAUAUUAUUAUUAUUAUUAUUAUUAUUAUUUAUUGCUAUUAUUUCUGGACAGGCAGGCCUGUAAAGCCGGAAUUAUUUAUCUGACAGUUUCUAUUUUUUUAAUUUUUAUUUAUUUUUUUAACUAUGUACAUGUCAACUAGGUAAGGCAUGUCGGUUAACUUUUCAGUUGGGAGUGAAGGAUGGAUAAGGAGGGUGCUUGUUCUUGUAUAUUAUGGCAGGGUGCUGCAGUAGAUGUGAAAAUCAUUGGUUUGUUUACUCCAAGAGUAAUGCAAUCUACAAGGAAUUCAGUCUGUGGAAUGGAGGAGAAGCUUGCAUUCCUUGUUGUGUUCUCCCCUUGAUUAUCUGCAUCCCUCUACUAUUAGAGAGAGAAAAAGCGAGAGCCCACAGUAUUUUACAACCCCUCCUUCGCUUCCAGUCUUGCUCCAGUACAUGGCAGUGUAAGCCAUUUUUUUAUAGCCAGCUGUUUAUAAGUUAACCUGAGAAAGGUCUGGUCUUUUUUGCUGCUCACGUAGCUUAAAACCAGAAAAUAAUCUUUCUGUAAAAGAAAAUGGCAGGCUUGGCCUUUUGACUGAAAGCAUUCCCCAUUGUGUUCUGGGCUGUGGGGAUGGGUGUCUGUUUGUUUUGAAUGAAUAUUGUGUUCUGGGCUGUGGGGAUGGGUGUCUGUUUGUUUUGAAUGAAUGCAUUCCCCAUUGUGUUCUGGGCUGUGGGGAUGGGUGUCUCUUUGUUUUGAAUGAAUGUUGUGUUCUGGGCUGUGGGGAUGGGUGUCUCUUUUGAAUGAAUAUUGUGUUCUGGGCUGUGGGGAUGGGUGUCUCUUUGUUUUGAAUGAAUAUUGUGUUCUGGGCUGUGGGGAUGGGUGUCUCUUUUGAAUGAAUAUUGUGUUCUGGGUUGUGGGGAUGGGUGUCUUUAUUUUGAAUGAAUAUUGUGUUCUGGGCUGUGGGGAUGGGUGUCUCUUUGUUUUGAAUGAAUAUUGUGUUCUGGGUUGUGGGGAUGGGUGUCUCUUUGUUUUGAAUGAAUAUUGUGUUCUGGGCUGUGGGGAUGGGUGUCUCUUUGUUUUGAAUGAAUAUUGUGUUCUGGGUUGUGGGGAUGGGUGUCUCUUUUGAAUGAAUGUUGUGUGGAUGGGUGUCUCUUUUGAAUGAAUAUUGUGUUCUGGGUUGUGGGGAUGGGUGUCUCUUUGUUUUGAAUGAAUAUUGUGUUGUGGGGAUGGGUGUCUUUGUUUUGAAUGAAUAUUGUGUUCUGGGUUGUGUGGAUGGGUGUCUCUUUGUUUUGAAUGAAGGCAUUCCCCAUCAUGUUCUGGACUGUGGGGAUGGGUGUCUUUCUUUUUUGGAGAGGGGAGUAGGUCUUUGUUAGGAGGGGGUGAGGGGAAUAAGGUUGCUGAUUUGAAAAAAUAAACUACUCCCUUUUUGUAAGAUAUUACAAAUACUGAAAUGUGUACAUUUUGAAGGGAAUGUAUUUAGUUUAUUUCAAAGAUGAGGGACUGACAGUACUUUUUAAUGAGGUCCUCUGGUUGUCUGUUCACUCACUGCACAGGUGUCUUUAGGAAAUGGCAGCACUAGAGACUGAAGCCCUUUAUCUAUCUAUCCACAGUGAAAGUACAGCACAACAUAGGAUAAAUUGCUUGUGGAAAAUGAGUGAUUGAAGCCCCUUGUCAAUUUAGAAUAAGUUUACCACAAACUAGACCAGACCAUCUCCCAUGAAGACAGAUUUGAACAUUGGUCUCCUGUAGUAAGCUUGAGUUUAGACCACAUACCUCCUAAUAAAAUAAUACAUGGUAGUGAUACCAAGUGAUAAGUACAAGUGAUGCGGGUGGACACUGGCAAUAGGUUUGCCAAGACAGCAUUGCUUCAUAUUGAGUUUACAAAAGGAUGAAAUUGUUCUAGAUUGUUCCUCAAUGAUUACAGUCUCUAAUUCAUUCAUAGAAGAUGGGUAGCAAACGGUGAGGGGUGGUAAGUUUAUGACUUAACUAAAUAAAAUAGACAUGUCUGAUCAUUGCAGCACAAGACAAAUACUAAUUGUACACAAUUAAAGUUGUGUCAAAUAAUUAAGGUUUUUUUGAGAAAGCUGCAACUAAUAUUUUUGUUGCCACUGUGUCUGCGUAUAUUUUAGAUUUCAAUAUAUCAUAUUUCCCAUUGCUCCAACCCAUGUCUCCCAGCUGUAAGGGAGUUAAACACAGGGAGCUUUGGCAUCAGUUAGAGCUAUAUAGCAGCCUUGUAUCAGAAUGCCUUAAAAUUAGAGAUCAGAGGUAAGCGGCCUUAUCAGAGAAAGCAUUAGGACAGAGAGGGGGAAGUGUGCUGUAGGCUUAUAUCAGCGAGUGCUAGAGCAGAGAAUAUGGUUGUGGGAUGUAGAGUAGUCGCUUCAUAUCAGAGACUGUGUGGGACCAGCAAGCUUGAUUUGAGGAUGGCUUGUAUUAUGUUUAGGGUGUUGUUAAUGCAGAGGGCAGAACAUAUACUGUGCCCCCGCCCCCUACCCCCCAAUAAUAAUAGGGCGUAACAACAUACUUUAUGCUCAGGUUUUAUGAAAAAACAUGCUCGUAGAGAAUGCUGUCAGUUGCUAAAGGCAGAAAACUGAAACUAAGCGUGAAGGGAGGGUGAAAUCAACUGAAAGGACAACAGUAUAUCAUGUGGAGAAAGGCUAUACCAUAUGCACACUUGCACCUACAUUGUUGGUUUUCGUCCGAAACUUGAUUGGAGAGCUAUCAAACUGUUACUGUUGUUUUCAGGAAGUCUUAAUUUGUUUCGCUAUCACAAUAUAUUCUUGGUAGCACUCAAGCAAUGUAGAAUCAAGUACCAACUUUGCAAUCCUGUUGGCAAAGCUUCAUCAGCUGUUUAUUCUCGGCGAAUUCUAAUCCAGAGAUUCCAUUGUUUAAUUUUUGGAAUCAGUUCAGUUCCUCCAGUUAAUACUGUCCUGUGUAUUGCAGAUUCCUUUUAAAAUGCUUGUUUUGUAAUCCAUUCCACUUUAGAUGCAGGUUCCACUCCAGUCAUUCCAAUAUAGCCAGACACUGUCUGUUCCGUCCACUCUGCUUCUCAUUAUAGGUAACUCAAACUUAAUCCAUUCUGCUGGUGCUUCUUUUGCAGUUCUACAUUUAAUGUGCAUUCUAUAACCGCAGCCUGUUUUAGAAUAAAAUACCCAGUUUGGAAAUAGCUGUUUUAACAGACAAGAUACCUUCAUGUAUACCACUAAGCAGCAGUUAGGUCAGCAACUUAAAACUGAGUGGAGUUUUUGAAUUAAAAAAAAAAAAAGACAAGACAAGUGGGCUUUAAUUAUGUGUAAUCUUUUGGUUGACUAUUAAAUAGCGUAAAGUAUCAAGUGCAUCAUUUGGAGCAACCAAUGUUUUGUUUUAGUUGAACAAGCAGUAAAAAUGCUCAUUUGCGAAAAAAGUUUAUCAAAUUCUCAUUUGGAGCAUACAUGUGUAAAAACUAUUUUUAUUCAAACUACAAGACCGGGUCUAAGGGGGUCUAAUUUCUCCUGUUUAAACUAAAGAGAUGGGUUAAAAAAAAAAAACCUGGCGGCCAGGUAUCCUUUCAGAUAAUUUGAAGACCUUGCAUUAAAAAGACCCCAUACCCCAGGAGAUCUGUUGUGUACGGUAGGUAUCCUGCUUUCACAGCCUCUUGUUGUAUUGUAAACUAUGAACACUUCAAUUAACCCGUGUCACAAAAAGGAAUUGAAUCUGGUUAGGGUACUUUUAACAAAAAGGUUUCUGGUUUAAUUUAAUUUAAUUUGAUUUAAUUUAAACUAUACUUAAGUCUAUACUCUUAAAGUUCUGGAGUGUGCAUAUGAAAGACACUUGUCUUAUAACUAUUCCUGGAAAUAUGUUGCUUUGCUUAUGUCAGGGGGUUGAUAAGCAAACAAGGCAAUAAAGACAAGCAAGGCAUCUCUGAAAACAGUUAUAUUGUUACAAAUGGGUUGCUCAUUGUUUAGUUAGUGUACCGUACAUUGAAACUAAUGAAUGAUUGAUAGAAAUAAGAAGUUUAUUUUGAAAGUUGAAGUAAAUCCAUGUGAGCUACCAAAUGUAUAUGUGACAAAGUGGUUACUGCUGGGCAAUAGCAUUUUUAAGUAAAUACUUUUCAUUUCUAGGUCAGCAUCACCAGCACUGCAAGUUUAAGGUCUUAAAAGUAUAGUAACGUUUACAAUUCUUUUUCCUACCAUGAAUAGACUUCUGUGCUGUUUUCACUGCCACGCCGAUUUAUUGUUUAGUUGAUCUUUUCAUUUCUUAAUUUAAGGAAUAUUUUUUGAGGUACUAAAGAGAAGCCCUCACUUCCAAGUCAGUCCGUAGGUAUUCAGGCCUCCCUCAGUGUGUGUGCUGUGUGCUCUGCCUAGCAGUGAAAACACAGGGAAUCUUAAUAGUUACAGAUCAACAUGGAGGAGAGGGCUAGUCUAUAGUAUUGAAACCUCUGAGACUUUUGAAAGUGAAGAAGUUGAAUUGGACAUGAGAAGUUCUACUACACAAUAAUGAAGGGAGUAUUGAAAAUCUCAUUGAAGCAAAUGGGGAAAAUAUACACUAUAUACUUUUAACAGACUUGCAGUUGAAGAAAUGGGAUACAGUAGUUCACCCCCUGUGAACGUGGGUGUACCUUGUAAUAGCAUCAAGGAGAUUUAAAAAAAGAAAAAAAAAUGUGACUGUUUUAUGUGCUGUAUUUAUUUUAUAUAGUUUAUUUUUAAAGAGAAGAAUGUUACAGAGGUAUAUGUUUUACGUUUGUGUUCCAGUUUGUGAUGGACAAACUUCAUUUGGAUGUCUCUUGCUUUGUACAGCUAUCUCACUUUUUUGUAACUAUCCUAUCCCCCACUCUCUUUUCUAUUCCCAUUCCAGUUUUGUUGUAUGUGUCCCCGCCUCCUGCCUUUCUUCAGCCCAUGUCUUUGGGGGAGUUUCGUUUCACUUGUUGUAAAUUUGUACAAUGGAAAUAUUGUCAGUUUGCUAGAAAGCAUGGAGACAAAAAAAAAAUAGAAAAUGAAAAACAAAUAAAUAAAAAACACAUUUUGAUAGAUGACAUUCUGAAAAAAAGAUUUAUUUCUGUGUAAAAAUAUUUAAAAGGCUGUAUUAUAUUAAAUGCAGAAAGGUAAAUGUAUUUGUUGUGAAUAUGAGAUACUGCUAUUAAAGAAGUGCAUGGAAACACUG